AGCCAGAGUAGCACGACCAGAGUAUUCUUCAUCCAGAGCUCAAUUAUCUUGGCUACAAGGGGCCCUGGUUUCAGUUGAGAUAUAUUCAAAUACAGCAGUCCCUUUCACGGAUGGAAUGGGUGGAUCGAUGAAUGCGUGUCAUGCGCGCUUGCUGUGUGUUUUGUACACGUACGAAGCUGUGGUGCAUGUUCUAGGCGUCCGUCCGGCGGCCGGCGGCUCCUCUAUUAAGCGCUUCGCUCGCCCAGGCCUCGCGCCCAGGAAUUCCAUCAGUUCAUCCAUUCCCCUGCAACAUCAACCUGCCUGCAAGUCUCGCGCUCGAUCUAGCUAACGUAAGGGGAUGACGAUGACGUGCGGCAGCGUCGUCGUGUUCUGCCUCUUGUUAUUCGUGGCCGUGACUCGUGGUGCCGAAGACGGCAUGGUGCGCGUGGACGGGACGCGGUUCGUGGUAGGCCAAGGAGAUAGCAAGAGAGCGGUGUACCUGAGCGGGUUCAACGCGUACUGGCUGAUGAUGGUGGCGUCGGAGCCGGCGCGGAGGGGCAAGGUGACCGCGGCGUUCCGGCAGGCCGCGGCGCACGGGCUCAACCUGGCCAGGACAUGGGCCUUCAGCGACGGCGGCGACCGGCCCCUGCAGUCCUCCCCCGGCGUCUACGACGAGGCCAUGUUCCAGGGCCUGGACUUCGUGAUCGCCGAGGCUAAGCGGCAUGGGAUCUACCUCCUCCUCUGCCUCACCAACAACUUCGACGACUUCGGCGGCAAGCGCCAGUACGUCCAAUGGGCCAACGCCGCCUCAGGCGCCGGCAACCUCACCUCCGCCGACGACUUCUUCAACUCCACCAUCACCAAGGACUACUACAAGAACCACGUCAAGAGGGUGGUGACGAGGGUGAACAUGGUGACGGGGGUGCCAUACAAGGACGACGCGACCAUCUUCGGCUGGGAGCUCAUGAACGAGCCCCGUUGCUACGCCGACCCAACAGGCGCCAUGGUGCAAGCCUGGGUGGAAGAGAUGGCGCCGUACGUCAAGUCCAUCGACGGCGGGCAGCACCUGGUGACGGCCGGCCUCGAGGGCUUCUACGGCGACGGCGCGCACGAGAGCAAGGAGCUGAACCCGUGGGGCAUCUACUACGGGACAAACUACGUGGCCACCCACAGCGCCCCCGGGAUCGACUUCGCCACCAUCCACCUCUACCCGGACGUCUGGCUCUGGGGCUCCACGGCGGCCCGGCAGGCCGAGUUCUUCCGCAACUGGACCGCGGCCCACGUCCGCGACACGGAGAUCCACCUCCGCAAGCCGCUGCUCGUCACCGAGUACGGCAAGUUCCUCUGGGAGGACGACGACGAAGCGGCUGCCAACGGGACGCAGCGGAGGGAUUAUUUUCUUGGGAUGGUUCUUGAUGCGAUCUAUGCGUCGGCGUCGGAGGGUGGGCCGCUUGUCGGAGGCGCGUUCUGGCAGCUGCUGAUUGAUGAUGAUGGGAUGGAUGGGCUUAGGGAUGGGUAUGAGAUCAUAUUCCCUGAGGACGCCCGGGCUGCUGGCAUCAUCAGUAACCACUCUCGGCAGCUGGCCGAGCUCGAUGGGAAGUUUGAUGAUGGCGUUCGCCGGAGGAGGAGAAGGAGCUCGCCGAGGAAGAUUGGCAGUACUUCUGGUGGCAGCUGGGACGGCGGCAGUGAUAUCCAUCCCCAUGUCCAAAGACUGCCGACUCGUUUCGUCUCCUUGUUCAAAGACAUUUCUUCCCUGUUCGGUACCGUCUAGACAAAAGUGUAUAGCUAGGUUCAGUUUCAGGUUGUAGUUGUACAAACUGGUGAUCAUUUUUGUGUGCGUGCCUUUCUUCUCCAAAAGGUUUAGUUACCUGUUAAUUAACAGACUAGCUAUGUGCAGUGCAAGUGUAACUAGCAGAAGAAGUACUCGGGUGGAAAGUAGAGGUCGGUCAGGAUGAUUGGUCAGAGUAUAAAAUACUGUCUUCUUCUUGUAUAUAUACGCUGAAUGUUUUGGUGAGGAAAUACUGAAAACAGUUUCCAUGGGCCA